UCGGGCCGCGCCGCUGCUGGGACCGAGUCUCCCGGGAGUCGGAGUCCGGAGCCGGCCGACGGGGCGUCCGCAGGGAUGGGGGGCGAUCGGCCACAUUACUAUGGCAAGCACGGAACCCCGCAGAAGUAUGACCCCACCUUCAAGGGACCUAUUUACAACAGGGGCUGCACAGACGUCAUUUGCUGUGUCCUCUUCUUCCUGGCCAUCGUGGGCUAUGUGGCUGUGGGCCUUAUCGCCUGGACCCACGGGGACCCUCGAAAAGUGAUCUACCCCACUGACAGCCGAGGCGAGUUCUGUGGCCAGAAAGGCACCAAGAAUGCGAACAAACCCUUCCUGUUCUAUUUCAACAUUGUGAAGUGUGCCAGCCCCCUGGUCCUGCUGGAAUUCCAAUGCCCCACACCCCAGAUCUGCGUGGAGAAGUGUCCUGACCGCUACCUCACCCUCCUGAAUGCCAGGAACACUCCAGAGUUUGCAUACUACAAGCAGUUCUGUGUCCCUGACUUCCAGAGUGAUAAAAAGCAGAGUGUGGCUGAGGUGCUUCGGGAUGGCCAAUGCCCUGCUGUCCUCAUCCCCAGCAAACCCUUGGCCCAGCGAUGCUUCCCGGCCAUCCACGCCCACAAGGGGGUCAUCAUGGUGGGCAAUGCAACAACCUAUGAGGACGGGCAUGGCUCUCGGAAGAACAUCACGGAGCUGGUGGAGGGCGCCAAGCAGGCGAACGGUAUCCUGGAGGCCCGGCAGCUGGCCAUGCGGAUAUUUGAAGACUACACCGUGUCCUGGUACUGGAUUGUCAUAGGCCUGGUCAUCGCCAUGGCGCUUAGCCUCCUGUUCAUCAUCCUGCUCCGCUUCCUGGCCGGCAUCAUGGUCUGGGUUAUGAUCGUCAUGGUGAUCCUGGUGCUGGGCUACGGGAUAUUUCACUGCUACAUGGAGUAUGCCCGGCUGCGUGGGGAGGCCGGCUCAGACAUCUCGCUGGUGGACCUGGGCUUCCAGACUGACUUCCGGGUGUACCUCCACUUACGCCAGACCUGGAUGGCUUUCAUGAUCAUUCUGAGCAUCCUGGAAGUCAUUAUCAUCCUGCUGCUCAUAUUUCUCCGGAAGAGAAUUCUCAUCGCCAUUGCACUCAUCAAAGAAGCAAGCAGGGCUGUGGGAUACGUCAUGUGCUCCAUGCUGUACCCGCUGGUCACUUUCUUCCUGCUGUGUCUCUGCAUCGCAUACUGGGCCAGCACUGCUGUCUUCCUGUCUACUUCCAAUGAAGCUGUCUAUAAGAUUUUGGAUGAUCCCUCCUGCUCAUUUACCGGCAAAACCUGCAACCCUGAGACCUUCUUCAACUCCACUGAAUCCCGCUCGUGCCCCAAAGCCAGCUGUCAGUUUGCCUUCUAUGGUGGGGAGUCUGGCUACCACCGAGCACUGCUGGGGCUGCAGAUCUUCAAUGUCUUCAUGUUCUUCUGGCUGGCCAACUUCGUGCUGGCACUGGGACAGGUCACGCUGGCUGGGGCCUUUGCCUCCUACUACUGGGCCCUGCGCAAGCCAGACGACAUGCCCGCCUUCCCGCUCUUCUCUGCUUUUGGCCGAGCGCUCAGGUACCACACAGGCUCCUUGGCCUUUGGCUCCCUCAUCCUCGCCAUUGUACAGAUUAUCCGAGUGAUACUCGAGUAUUUGGAUCAGCGCCUAAAAGCUGCGGAAAACAAAUUUGCCAAAUUUCUCAUGACCUGUCUCAAGUGUUGCUUCUGGUGCCUGGAGAAGUUCAUAAAGUUCCUCAACAGGAAUGCUUACAUCAUGAUCGCCAUCUACGGCACCAACUUCUGCACCUCUGCCAGAAAUGCUUUCUUCCUGCUCAUGAGAAACAUCAUCAGGGUUGCUGUCUUGGACAAAGUUACCGACUUCCUCUUCCUGCUGGGCAAACUCCUGAUUGUGGGCAGUGUGGGAAUCCUGGCUUUCUUCUUUUUCACCCAUCGCAUCAGAAUCGUGCAAGACACAGCGCCACCUCUCAACUAUUACUGGGUUCCUAUACUGACAGUUAUUGUCGGCUCCUACCUAAUCGCCCAUGGUUUCUUCAGCGUCUAUGGCAUGUGUGUGGAUACACUGUUCCUCUGCUUCUGUGAGGAUCUUGAGCGGAAUGACGGCUCUCAGGAGCGACCCUACUUCAUGUCGCCCGAGCUGAGAGACAUCCUGUUAAAGGGGAGUGCGGAGGAGGGCAAGCGGGCGGAAGUCGAGGAGUAGAGAGUGAGGGAAACUGUGGAGGAUUUGGAGCGGAAUGAUGGCUCUGUUGAGAGGCCUUACUUCAUGUCUUCCACCCUCAAGAAGCUCUUGAACAAGACCAACAAGAAGCAGGUGGAGUCCUAAAGCCAGGCGUGGUGGUUCGUGCCUGUAAUCCCAGCACUUGGGAGGCUGAGGCAGGAGGAUCUCUGGGAUCUUUGUAUAGCCAGCCUGGACUACAUAGUGAGCCCUGUCUCAAAAAACAAACAAAUGAAAAAGAAGCUGGUAGAGUCCUAAAGGCCCCCACUUCUCCCAGCCUCCCAAGCCAGAUGCUUCCCAGCGGUGCUUGCCAGGCUGGAAGUCUGAUCACUGCCUAUCUGCCUCCUGCCUCUGAUCCAGCCCCUACCGAUUUCUGGGGGCCUGGAGGAUGAGGGGUGUCACCUCUCUUAACUAAAUCAAGGGGCACUCAGUUUUCCCAGAAGCCUCACAAGACUGGGCUGAAAAGUGUCAAUCCAGCUCGGGACAUGCCUGUAAUCCUAGCACUGGGGAGGCUGAGGCAGGAGGAUCUCUGCGAGUUCAAGGCCAGCCUGAACUACAUAGAGAGACUCUUUGUCUCAAAAAACCAAAAAAGAAAGAAAAACCAGUCAGUCCAACCCUCUCUGGCCUGGAUGGGGACAAAUCUGUCAAACCUGUAGGAUGGGAGGUGGCCGGGCCUCUGCUGGCUCCUUCGUGCUUCCUGUGUGGAAGAUGGCCAGUGGAAAGGACGAUGUUCACAUAUGAGGGAGCAGCCAGUCAGCCACCUUGAACUCUUUGCCUUCCAACGAGGACUGAGUCUGUCUGCCACUGGAUGCAUUUAUUCUUUUUUAACCUGGACAUGCAUUAAAGGGUCUAUUAGCUUUCAUUCCUGUCUCCACAGCUGGAUGGAGACGCCAGGCAGUGCCUUCAUUUGUGGCUGGGGUAGGUGGGGUGGGGGUCUCCCAGCCAGAGAGGCUGAACUGGGGUGGGGGGAGCUGGGCCAGGCUGAAAAUAUUAAUGGCCUUAGUGGGAAAGUGCAGGCCGGCCAGUUUCUGACUCUGCUUUCUUGGUAAGAGAGGAAAGAAAGUGACUGCCCAGGGGACAUCUUCCGGGGCCUGGGAGGUUGGAAGGGUUCUGCCCAGAUAUUUCCCACCUUGGGGAUCCCUUUGCCAAACUUGUUAAACUUAGGGGACAAAGUUGCUGGGUUCCCCUUCACCUGCCAUUUCCCUAUUCCAGCGGCCCCCCACCCCAGGCUUCAUGCCUCCACCUUUCAGCUCCAUCUGGGGUUCUGGUGAAUUCCAGCCUGGGGUCCCCCAUUUCCUGUGCCUGCAACCAGCCUGCCGUUGUCCCCAUCUGGUCCCCAUAGUCCUGUGCAUAUAUAACUGCAUUCCAACCACUAAUAAAGUGCCUACCAUAUGGGUC